GUGCGGUUUGUACAAGCAGAAGAGCCUAUUUGAACAAGACAUUGUUUUCUGGGGCUGCUAUAGGAUGUCAGAUGAAAAGGAGAUGCAGGUGACUGAGAACUUGGCGAAUAUGGAAGCUGAACAGAUUGAUGAAGAGGUGAAGUCCAACCCUGAAGCCCCUGAGGAUCACGACGACGAUGAUGAUGAUGAUAACGUGGAAGAUCCUGUGAAGAAAGAGAAGGCCAUAGGCAAGAAGAUAGUACCAGGGAUUUUGUAUUUGGGUCACAUCCCACCCAGGCUAAGGCCCAGUCAUGUACGCACCAUGUUAGGUGCUUACGGAGAAAUCGGAAGGAUCUUCCUACAGCCUGAGGACAAAAUAGUGAAGAGGAAGAAGAAGAAAGCGGGCUCCAGGGCUCGUAACUUCACGGAAGGCUGGGUGGAGUUCAGGGACAAGAGGGUGGCGAAGCGGGUGGCUGCCAGCCUGCACAAUACCCCCGUGGGGCUAAAGAAGAGAAGCCGCUUCAGCGACGACCUUUGGUGUAUCAAGUACCUGCACAAGUUUUUCUGGUGCCAUCUGAGCGAACGCCUGGCCUAUGAGCAGACCGUGCGCCAACAGCGCCUGCGCACCGAGAUCUCGCAGGCUAAAAGGGAGACCAACUUCUACCUGGCAAAUGUGGAGAAGAGCCAGAAACUGGACAAGCUUCGGAAGAAGAAGGAGAAGAGAGGAGAGAGCAUGACAGAGAAAACAUGGGAUUUUACACAGCGCCGCACAGAAGACGAGAUCAGGCAGAGCCGCCUUCGCAAGCAGGCCAUGUCCAAGAAGAGCCUCCAGAAAGCACAGGAGAAGGCACGUGUUAUCGAGGAGAAGGCUCAGUCCAACGUCUCUCUGCUGGCUAAGAUCUUCAACAGUUCAACUGAGCGGAGCUGAGAGUGCAGUCUUGGCAGAACUUGUUGGUGUAAGGGAGGGGUGACCCACCUUUCCGUCACCGCUGUGGCUGUCCACAGAUGCCGUAAAAUAUCAAUUCUAGGAUCUUCACGCUUCAGUAUCACUGUCAGAUAUUCUGUCAAUAAGAAUAUCUCUUGUGCUAAGAUGUGGUUCAGUUGGUAAAGCUCCUGCAUUAACUUGAGGUGUAUCAUCAUAAUAAGCCCAGACCAUAGGAUUUGGACUAUUAAGGAUUAUUU